UACACCCUCCAGCAGAUAAAGGACACUCAAAACAAGGGCCAGGGUGCUGUUAAUGAUAAGACCCUAGCAUUGGUAUUCAGAGGAGCACACUUAUCUCCCAUUCCCCUUCUCUCCUCACCCCUCCCCUCCUUCCAGAACCCCCUCCUUCCCCCACUGUGGAAGCACAUUUGGACAGAGGACCCAGGUCAGUACUCAAACAGCACCAGGCCUUAGCACUUGAUUCCAGGUAAAGGAGAGGCCACAACUGCAUCCUGUUACUAAACUGUGACGGUCAGGCAACUAGAUAGAGUCAACCAGCGUUAGUUUUAGACUCAUUAGCAAACAAUGAGAACAGUCUUAGCAGCUUUGGCCUUAGCAGCAAUGUUUAUUGCUUGCAAAGCCAAACCAGCGCCGGCAUUUGACUUUCUAACGGACUUUCUCACAGAUUGGAUCGACAAUAGUGAUUUUUUUGUCACAUCAGAUGAAUCCUACGAAUUAGGGAAUGCAUGGGAAAAGAGUGGUGAGUUUGAGGGAGAUAUUAUCAUGAGCCCAGAUAACAUCCGAAAUGGUCUAGUAAAUGAAGUCUUUUAUUGGCCAAACAAGACAUUAGUUUAUAAAGUGGACUCAGAUUCACUUGAUGAAAGGCAAAUUGGCAUGAUAGAUCGGGCAGUGGCAGAAUUCCAUAAAAAGACAUGCAUUCGGAUGCGGGAGAAAAAUUAUCACGACAAAGAUUAUGUGUUCAUAACAGGGAAAGGAGCCCACGGCUGUUCAUCCCAUGUGGGGCGGCAAGGAGGAAGACAACCUUUGUAUUUGAAGCCCAAUGAACUAGGAAAAGGCUGUUUCAAGAGAGGAACAAUUAUUCAUGAACUGCUCCAUGCUUUGGGAUUUUACCAUCAGCAAAGUGCACCAGAACGCGACCAGUAUGUGAAGAUAAUUUGGGAUAAUAUUCAACCAGGAAGAGAACAUAAUUUUAGGAAAUAUGACACAGAAUCUGUGUCUAAUUUCAAUGUGACCUAUGACUAUCAGAGUAUUAUGCACUACAGUGCAUAUGCCUUUUCCCAAAAUGAGAAGAAAACGAUAGUUCCACUGGAGAAUGGUGCAACAAUUGGUCAGAGAAAGACACUCAGUAAAAAGGACGUAGCAAAACUUCACUACAUGUACAAUUGCAAAACAACAUACACAGAGAAGCCUGAUUUAGGAAGUGCCCAUGGUCCUGACACUGAUACUGAUGAUACUGAUGAUAGUGAUGAUAUUGGUGAUAUUGAAACAAUAAUUGAGGACUAAAGGUUGUCUUGCAUACUAUACCCUACUGUAUCAUUGAUUCUUUGAAUAAACCUAUAGAAAU